AGACGCGUGGAGAGUGAGGAGCACACUGGAAAUAGGAUGGGUUUGGUUACAUGGCGCCAGUGGUAAACAAUUGGAUAGCAACUAGUUUUUGCAACUCUCUGGAAACAACGGUACCAGAAUCGCAUCCCAAAACUAAAUCAAACAUGAUAUGACCAUCCAUAGCCCAGCACCCACCCAAUAUAUAUUUGACUAACAAGUCAAGAUAUUAGAAACCACAAAUAGAGAGGAAAUCGACAUCGACAUCGACAUGUUUCUGGUGGCUGUUGUAGCAGAGUUAAUGGAAGAGUACAUGGUGCUUUUAGCAAGAGUGCUUGAGCAUUUGUUUCACGAUGCUCCUUUUCCGAGGCGGGUUCGUUUUCUCAUCCUCCGCAGUCUUCCCUUUGUAUCCUCCUCCUCCUCCUUCACUGCCCCCCGCCGCUUAAUGUAACUUUAUGUUUGUUAGUUUCUCUAAUUUCUUUUCGACUCUAGAAGGCUCCAUUUGUGUAUAUUCUUUGAGUUUCUGAAUCGCUUUCAUUUUCUGUAAUUACAUGAGCUCUAAUUAAUUCAAACUAUUUUUUUUU